AUGCCUCCUCAGGGUGCCCGAGACCGUGAACUGCACCGUCACUAUCAGCCAUGGCUCGACACUUUCAUCAGCACAAUCGAGGCGACUGCCAUCAAUCCGCCCCCUGGCCAUUCUGAUUCGCACAAGCCGCGCUCGUCGCGAGAUAAAUCCUUAACAGCAUUUGCGCAGCUGGGCUGUCUGCGUUUAAACGCGAAAAGAGGCGUGGUCACCCUGAUUGAUUCUGAAAAGCAAUAUAUCGUUGCUGAGGCCACAAAGUCUCUUUCUCUUCUCAACGAUGCCCAACACAAUCCCGGCGAUGGGCUAUAUUUUGGCAAUGCCUUCGUCGCCCGCUCUCAAGGUAUUUCCCAGGAUGCCCUGUUUCCUGAAACAUGCACCGUCAGCGGCCCGGAUGGCUCAUGCUUUUCUGCUCCGGCUCUCAUCAUCAAUGACAUUGCUGAACACCCUAUUUACAAGACAAGAGGCUAUGCUGGCACUGGUGUCAACUUCUAUUGCGGCGUGCCGUUGAAGACUCGCCUUGGACAUGUGAUUGGCGUCUACAACGUGACCGAUGAUAAGCCCCGAACGGGCCUUUCCCCUGACGAGCUCCAUUUUAUGGUCGACAUGGCCACUAUCGUGGUUGACCAUCUUGAAGUUGUCAAGAAUAAUCGUGCCCGCGCCAGAGGAGAGCGCCUCAUCCAUGGCAUUGGCAAAUUUAUCGAGGGGCGAACCACCCACGCUGACGAGAAUCCAGAGGAGACGCCUCACCACGCACCAAAUUCAGACGUCCCGGUGAGCAAGAAUCAGCAGAUUGAAACUCCCCAGAGAAAGAUUUUGCAAUCCUGGGUUUCAGAAGAGGUUGUCCCAUCUUUCAAGGGAAUGAGGGUUGGUGAUGCAAAUGUUCCUCACAGCGACCACAAGCGUUCUCCGCCUGAAUGCUUCAACCCUCGACCACAGCAUCGUCGUGGUAGCAGUCACAGUGCCCUUCCAACAAGGCGAGCUUCUCUUCCUUCAUCGAAAGUUGCAUACUCCGAGCACCAGCAAAACGUUGCGUCGAAAAAAUCCCAGCCGAACGCCAAGGAGAAAGCCAUACAUGACUACUACCGUGUCUUUGAUCGAGCUGCUACUAUUCUCAGGUAUUGUUUGGCUGCGGAGGGUGUUGCCUUCCUGGACGCAAGUUCUGCAAAUUUAAGUUCCGGUUCCACUGCUCUCAUUGAUACCAACUCACAUCCUACCGCGAGACAUUCCAGGGGUCGACCGAGACCCAAUCUACAUCAUGCAGGCGAUGGAACCCACCAGCAGAAAACUCAUGAAGUCGAAACUACCCCCGAACCCACCUCUCAUGAAUCAAGCGAUUCUGCUUCUGCCUCUAUAGACCCACACCAGAACGAUCGCUCCACGGCUUCGUCUAACAGAAGUAAGAAAUGCCAGGUAUUGGGGAAGUCGGGAAAAAUGGGUGCCAUCGAAAUGUCAGAACGUCUCUUUCGGCGUUGCGUACGCCGCCACCCUGGGGGGAGGUGUUUCAGCUUCGAUAAAAGCGGUAACCUAGCGUCUAGCGAUGAAAGCUCUGAGUCAGCUACCGGUACCGUCACCAGUGAUGCGGCGGCCGGUUCAAACACAUCGACACAGGUCCCCAGUCUAGCCCGUUCUCGACCUAAUGCUCUGCUGAAAUCAUUUCCUGGCGCAAGAAACAUUGUGUUGCUGCCACUCUGGGACUUCGCGAAAGAGAGAUGGCAUUCGGGACUGGUUAUCUGGUCGAAUGAUCCAGCAAAGCUCGUUAACGUUGAUGACGACAUGGCCUACUUGAAAGCAUUCAGUAACGCCGUCAUGAAUGAGGUAAAUCGCAUCAAUCUUGCCUUGUCUGAUACUGCAAAGGCCACUUUCCUCGCCAGCAUCUCCCACGAGCUACGCUCGCCUUUACAUGGCAUUUUGGGCAGUAUUGAGUUUCUACAUGAUACUCCUAUGGACGAUUUUCAAGCCAGUAUGCUCAUCUCUGCUGAAACCUGUGGGAAAACCCUUCUCGAUACUGUCAAUCAUGUCUUGGACUACGCAAAAAUCAACAACUUGGCCAAGCACAACUCUCGUCAUCUCGGUCACCCCCGGAACCAAGGGAAUCCUCAGGCUUCGAGUUCAGAUAGCAGUUUGACCAGCUGUUUCAACUUAGCGUCUGUCGUGGAAGAAGUCGUCGAGGCUAUAUAUGCUGGCCAAGUCUUCCGCUCAGUUCAAGCCGAUGUUAUAGAAGGGAGGGGAAGCAGUCAUUCCUCGAGUGAACGCAUUGUCCGCGACCGCAGUCGUUUAAAUGACAACGAUCCCCAGGUAUCGAUGGGAAACCAACACCCCGUAAAAGUUACCCUCCAAAUCGAGAAUCACACCAACUGGAACGUAAAGUCACAACCUGGCGCGGUUCGGCGUGUGGUUACGAAUAUUCUGGGCAACGCUCUGAAAUACACAAACUCAGGCAGCAUCAACGUUUCGCUCAAGCCGGGAAACUCUCUUGAGAAAGACGCCUCUCAUUUACACGUCCUGCUGUCUGUUGCAGACACUGGAAUGGGAAUGUCUGGUGAGUAUGUCAAAAAUCAUGCCUUCACAGCCUUCUCUCAAGAGAACGCUUUGUCCAGUGGAACUGGGCUUGGACUGAGUAUCGUUCGUCAAAUUGUGGAUUCUCUUGGUGGGCAGAUUCAUCUUAGCAGUGAAAAGAAUGUUGGUACCGAUCUUGAGAUUUCACUUAGCCUUCCACGCGCUGGCAAUGCCCAACUUGACGACCCGAGUGGCCAAACCCUAGCGCAGCUGCGAGUAAAGACCAAAGGCCUCAAAUUGUGCAUCCUUGAGCCUCCCUUGAAAGAGACAAACGCUCUGAAUGACCCCGUGCGAGGCAUAUCGAAGAUGCCGACUGUGCCAGACUCAGUCAAACAAAUGCUGGCCACCUGGUUCGAGAUGAAUAUCGCCACCGCACCAAGCAUGCAAGGUGCCUCUCCGAACUUUUUCAUGUACCUCGAGCCUCCUCCAAUUGAGUGGUUGAUAGAAUGCCAUGGUAAUCCCGAUUCCGACGCGGAAGUCCCGGUUUUGAUCGUUUGCACGAAUGCCUUUGAGGCCGCGAGUCUUCGCUCCAAGGGCAUACAUCUGCUGACAGACAUUGGUAGGAUCAUCGAAGUGAUCCCUCAGCCACUUGGGCCACAAAAAAUGGCCAGUGCAUUACUACGAUGUAUGCAGCGGCUGAAAUUAUUGAAAGACCCUGACGUUCGGCACUCCACAGCGCAUGUUCCUAUGACCGCAAGCCAGCAGAAUAUUGAUCAUACUUCAGCUGAAGCUACUCAAGGUUCGCGUAUCUCCCAAGGCCAACCAGCCGAAAAUCUGGAACGUCGUAACCAGAUUGCUCGCCAGCUGAUCGGUCAACCGAGGGCACAAGAGAGAGCUUUUCCAGAUUUUGAUCAGAGGCUUGAAACUACUUUGGAAGUCGGCAGUGUCCCUGACGCAGUCACCAAGGACGGAGAGAAUUAUUUGCCACAUGUUUUAGUUGUUGACGACAAUCACAUAAAUCUGAUUCUUCUUGUGGCUUUUGUGAGGAGGACCAAGCAUCCGUUCGAGAGUGCUGUUGACGGCUCGGAAGCUUUGACAGCUUAUAAGAGGAGUGCAAUUGAAAACGAAGGCGCCAGUAGGUUCAAAUACAUUCUGAUGGACAUUUCGAUGCCUGUCAUGGAUGGGAUUGCUUCCACCAAAGCAAUACGACAAUUCGAGAGAGAUAAGAGGAUUGAAUCACCUGCCACUAUCAUCGCUCUGACCGGCCUAGGUGACCAGAACGCUCAACAAGACGCCUUUCAUGCCGGGUUCGACCAAUUUCUGUCAAAACCCAUCGUAAGUCCAUUCGUCUUUGUGAAGCGUGCACAGAUGCUAACAUAUGAUUAG